AUGUCUUUGGAGCCACCCACCUACCUCAGCUCCUUGCAGAACAAUAUUCGAGCUCGGCCAAUUCCAUGGGAGGGCGCUGUCCGAGCGGGCAACAUCACGGAUGACCACCUGAAGAAGAUCAAGGCGGUGGACAAGGUGCGCAAGGACCAGCGCCGCCAGACAAUAGAGCAGGAUCUUGCUGGAUACACAGGCCUGCUGGCCGGAGGUGCACAGGGCAAGAGUGUCUUGGACUCGGCCUCCAGGAGGACCGAUAUUGUGCAGUAUAUCCUGGUGCUUGCAUCGGACCUGAUUCAAGAUGUGCCUUCUCUGGCAAACUCCCUCAUCUCACACCCAGAACCCUACAAGCCAUUCCUCCCAUUCCUGCAGCACUCGACAAACGCCGAAGACCCAAUUCCUCUGCUCACGUCCACUUUUCUCACUGCUCUUGUGUCGCAUAGCCUUGUGGCUACCUCGAAGCCUGCUCCCCGGGACAGCGAAGCUCUUCCGCAGCUAUACACUUAUCUCUCUACCUUGACCAAGAAUCAAGAUAGUGGGCUCCAGGAUAUUGGUGUCCAAGGAUUCUCAGACUUGCUUCGAACAAGCCAGGCUCGGGAGAUCUUCUGGAAGCAAAGACAAGAAACGCUAGACCCCUUGAUGGACACUCUUCGAUCUGCAGCUGGGGGCAAAGACAAUACUAGCUCACAGGGAGGUAGCAGCCGUAUCGAGCCUGGUCUCGCCGGUGGUGUUGGUCUUCAGCUCCUUUACCGUGUACUUCUAGUUGUGUGGCAGCUUGCUUUCGAGGGUUCUCUUGUUGGCGAAGAACUCCAAGAGAACUAUGAAAUUAUUCAACUCUACGCCCAGCUUCUGCGCCUUUCCCCGAAAGAGAAGACUACUCGCCUUCUUCUUGCAACUCUGCUCAACCUUUGCUCCAGCAACCGCACUACCCUGCUACCUGUCGCCGUGUUCGUUCGCCUUCCGGCCCUUCUGACCAACCUGGCCGGUCGCCAUUUGACCGACCCUGACCUUCUCGAGGAUCUCACAGCUUUGUCUUCCAUGUUGGAAGAGUACACCAAGACCCAAACCACUUUUGAUCAAUACGCCGCCGAAGUUCAGUCGGGCCAUCUGCGCUGGUCGCCUCCACACAAGAACCCCACUUUCUGGAAAGAUAACGCCCGUCGGAUUGUCGAAGAGUCAAACGGGGCUUUGCCCAAGAAGCUGGCUGAGAUUCUAUCUAAGAGCUGGGACAAUGAUAAGCAGGUUCUGGCUAUUGCUUGCAACGACGUGGGUAGUCUCGUGAAGGAGGUUCCGGAACGCCGCACGCAGUUGGAGCGACUGGGCUUGAAAACACGGGUGAUGGAACUGAUGGCCGACAAAGAUGAGUCCGUACGAUGGGAGAGUCUGCAUGCUGUGGGCGAAUGGCUCCGGUAUACCUUCGAAGGGUAG